UCGUCAGAUUGAUCGAUUGAAGAUGCCUCCUAAAACUAGCGGAAAAGCUGCCAAGAAAGCUGGCAAGGCCCAAAAAAACAUUUCUAAAAGCGACAAGAAGAAGAAACGCAAGAGGAAGGAAAGUUACGCUAUCUACAUUUAUAAAGUAUUGAAACAAGUCCAUCCGGAUACGGGUAUUUCAAGCAAGGCUAUGAGCAUCAUGAACAGUUUCGUUAAUGAUAUUUUCGAACGCAUCGCCGCCGAGGCGAGUAGACUUGCUCACUACAACAAACGUUCGACAAUAACCAGCAGGGAAAUUCAAACAGCAGUGCGCCUUCUCUUGCCCGGUGAGUUGGCAAAACACGCCGUCAGCGAAGGAACUAAAGCAGUAACAAAAUACACCAGUUCCAAAUAAAGCAGGAAUUGUUGUUGCAUAUCAAACGGUUCUUUUCAGAACCACAAA